AUGUAUACGAAAAAUGAAUAUGAAGAGAUUUCACCUGAACUUCAUAAUGUCAUGCAAACAACAUUAUCUGGGGUGUUUUUUGGUGCAUGCUUAGGAGGCUUUGUUAAGUCCAGGGAUGCAUAUCUUUAUUUUAUAGAAAGCAAUCAAGCAACUGCUUUUAAGACAACCAUGCAAGCUAAGAAACAAUUACAAGAUUAUGUAACAAUUGGAUUUGCAAAAGGCGCAGUACACUGGGGCUGGAGAUUGGGAGUGUUUACAGGAUGUUUUAGUUUAAUUACAACUACAGUAGCUGUGUAUCGUGGUGUACCAGCACUUGUUGAUUACAUUAUGGCUGGAGCAAUUACUGGAGCUGUGUAUAAAGCCAAUUUAGGAGUUGCAGCAAUGCUUGUUGGAGCUGGUGUUGGUGCUACUCUUAGUGCAGUGGGGGGUUUCAUUAUUUUAAGUGUUUUAAAAAUGGCAGGAGUUUCCAUGGAUGAUAUAAGAAGAGUUUUUUAUAAAGUUAAAGAAGCCAGAAAGAAUCAGUUAGACCAAGCCUAUGAGAAAUCAGCUAAAGAAAAGCACGACAAUUUAACGCAACACCACGAUGUUCUGGUAGCAGAGAAAGGACAGAAAAAAGUUGAGGAAAUUGAU